UCGGUUUACUUCGAAAAGUUAUGGCGGCAAGGAGGGUUUCUACGGUUCGUAAAGCACCUACAUCCUUGUCGAGGGAUUCAAACGACUCAAAGGAUGGAAGUCAAAACAACAACAGCAGCAGCAGUGGCACUGCUGGCAGUGGUGGAGUAAAGAAAAAAGUUCCUCCCGUAAAAUCCAGGUAUCUCCAGGCAGUUGACAGGAAACAACCGGCUAAGAAUCCUGUGCUCAAUGAAUCCGCUGCCAUGGCACUACAACCUGCAUCACGAAAAACUGGCAGUGGUUACAGAUUCAACCACAGCGUGUCCCCCAGGCGUUCCGUGGCCUCCCAGUCCCUACUCAGUCCUUCAUGUAUGCAAAGUCACACAAUGACUAGUAGUAUCCUGGAGCCUUCACAGUUAGGAGGAAACAUUUUGCAGUCCACAGUACUAGAUGGUCACUGUGUUCAUCCAGACUUUGAUGUAUCAGCUGUAAAAGCAGAGAAGACAGUCAUGCCAAAGACUGUUGAGCCAGAAAAUCAGAAGGCGAUCUUAGAGAUGCAAACUCUAAUGCUGUCCUACCUCACAGCCAAGAUGGAGAGCAAUAACAAGAAAUUGAAGGCAGAGGCAGAGACAAAUAUUCUGUUGGUUUUGGAGGAAGAGGAGAAGAUGAGGAAGAGAGUUCAUGAGAAGAAACGGCAACACCUGCUCCUAGAAAAGAUCAAGCAGCUUAAUAGUGUGUUAGACAUUCAGCUCACAGCACUCACUCCUGUAGCAACAGCUGUAAAGCAGUUCACAGGGGAGUACAAGGAGUUUGCCACUGCGGUGGACACAACAUGCCAUGAGCUUCCCAUAAAGAACUUCUCCAUCAAAGGGGAUAGAAAGGAGUUCCUAGAUAAAGCCAAGGAUUUUCUGCAGCAGAGUGAAAAGGCACUGCUGGGGUACACAGUAGUGGCAGAAUCAGGCGAUGACAAGGCCUCUGAUUUCCUACAUAAGAUCAGAGGUUCAGCACAUGAACUUGAUGACCAGCUGUCAAGGGUUUUUACGGAUGUUCUGGAAUUAUCUGCCCUGGUCAGUCGGCACACUGUUCAGGUGCAGCAGACUUUGGAAGAAGAGAAACUUGGGAUGGCUAAAGCACAAGCUCUUUACCUUGCUAACCAAUGACGCAAAUGAGCUGUUGGACAAUUUCCUGUGAUUCAGUGCAAAUGUUCCCAUCAUUUGAUGUGAUUGCACUAAAACUGUCUUUGUAGAGUAAUUAAUUGUAAUUUUGAUUAAA